GUAAAGAAUAGCAAAAAAACAUAGCGGUCCAUGGAAUAUAGGAGAAAUUAGUUGCAGGAAGAAGAUUAUAAAUAUCAGAGCUCGGAACUAACAUAUUUAAAUGUUAGGAAUUUACUUUAUUAAAAAAUGGACGAGGUUGAAAUAGAUGGUGAAGAUUUUAAUGAGCUUGAGGCUAGGCUAUACGGUCAAAUACACCAUGAGGCCGUUGAUUCAACAAAGGCAGACGUAAAUAAUACAACUGAAUGCCAGCAGGACCCGCAAGCACAAGAAAAACAAAGCGUGGAGCGCGUUGUUACAGAAAGAAGUAUUAUUUACCGACCUGCUAAAUCCAGUCAAGUGCCCGAUACACGCUACUGGGUGAACAACAAAUUUACAAAAAGUGUAAAUCAACCAAAAAAAGUUGAGAAAGAAAAAUCUACCAAUUUAAGUGAGAAGCAGCCUGACAGUAAUAAACUCCUUUCCCCUGAACAAAAAAUAAACACUACAGAUAAAAGCAAUGAAAAUCAAGUGAAAAUUAAAAUACCUGAAAGAAAUUACACUCGAGAUAGUAACAUACGAAUUAAUCCGGCAGCGGUUGCUCUCAGCUCGAAGCCAAAUCAAAAAAAUAAAAAACAAAAAAAAGUUGCAACUGCUGUGCCACGAAGUGGUCCAUUUACGCAACAAGAAAAUAAAUUGCAAAAGGUAAUUUUGGUUCAAGCUAAAAAGCAGAAAUCAAAAAAUAUUCGCAAUAAAAAGAAAAAAGAACAACAGCGAGUGGAAACAAUUGUAUUAGAUUCAUCUUCUGGCGAAAAUAGUGGAUCGGAUAGCUCAGACGAUGAUGUAGUUUUAAUACCAUCAAAGCCUCCACCACUUAUCACCCUUUCUGACAGCGAUAAUGAAGGCACUGGGAUUCAACUAGAAGAAGAAAAUGCUUUGGAUGCUUCUGACGUUGUCAUGGAUAGUAAAACUAAACAACCCGAUUUUACUAAGCCAAAUGAUAAAUGUAACAAUUUGACGUCAGACAUACCCGAAAAAACUGCUGAUCCAAUCAUUAGUCGAUGCACUUCACCAUGUUCUGUGUUAUCCUCAGAUGACUUUAUUGGUCAAACCGACCGUUCUCGAUUGCUAGAAGACAAUUGCAUGGCGGAUGACCAAGAUUUGGCUUUGCUGACAGCUGAUGUAAGCAAUCUAGUACCUCCCAAACCGAAUCGGAACACUUCGACCGAAGGUAGAGACACUGUUCGCAAUGAUGAUUCUUCGGAGGAUGUUAUGUGCACCGGCGAAUUUACUGCACCUCUAACCAACUCUAUUGGUAAUGCACAAAUUGAAUCUUCCAACUCCAAGAAAGAGGAAAAUUAUCGUGUGGAACAAACAGAUUUUAGGGCAUUGGAUGUUUAUGAAAGCGAAUCUGAUAUAACAGAUAGUGUUUAUUCUAAAGGACAUUCUAGAACAAUUGUGAAAGCAAUUUAUAGCAGCUCAGAGGCGGAUGAUGUGCAAAAAACAGUAGUUAGUCAAAAAGCGAAGCGCUUUUGUAAGCGACGAACUUCCAGCAGUAACCGAGGCUCUGAUGCACAUAACAAUGACGAAAGUACGGAUGAUGAAUUAGAUGACGGUGUGACUAAGACGCCUAUACCAUUCAUUUUGCGAGGUUCCGCUGUAGAGCGCUGCAGUAAGAGGGUACGCAAACUUUUGGGAAAUACUCGUCGGGCUUCAGUCGGUGCUCUCGGCAACACGGGUGGUAAUAUGUCUGACAACGAAUUCAUAGCAACAUUGAAUAGUUUGGUACAAGGAAGUGAAAACAAAGCGAAUAAUAAAAUUGGUGAAACAAUAAAUAAUGAAGAUGAAAGUGCAAGUGAGGCGCAGAUUGAAGGCGUGGAGAAUAUAGAGCAAACUGAAAAAGAUAAAACGUUGCCAACAAGUGAGCAAUUAGUUGACAUUACUCCCACACUGCAAGGUAAUAUCGAAGCAAAGGAAGUAAUAACUGAAUUUAAGCAGGGAGAAGAGCAAAAUCGAAACAAAGAAGCAAUACCAGCAAUAAUUGAGCCUGACCAAACGAGUAUGCAAUCCAUUCAAUUAGUCAACAGUCCUCCACCAUUGCAAAGUAAUAUCGAGGCAGUGCCUGACGAAGCAAUAGCUGGAUUAGAUAAGAUUUUUGCCUCGAUAGAUAAUCUAUGUGCAAAGAAAACGGAUUACAUGGACUCGGAAGAUACUUCGGAAAAUGACUUGGAAAUUAUUACACCCAUAGUGCCGGUAUCAAAAGGCCGAACAGACGACCAGAACAUCUUACCCACUCACCAUAUUGUCUAUAAUGAGCAUAACUCGCAACCGGGUGGCGUUGGCUGGAAUGAAGAAAUGAUGAAAUUUUACAAUCUUUCUUGGCAAGGCGAAAAAUUCACACUGGUUGAAGCACUAAACGGAAUGGAAAGGGACCGAAGAUUAUGGAAAAUUUACUCUGAAGAUCGUUUCCCUAAGGCACGUCCGUAUAGUAACUUAAAAUGUUUCAACUGUUGUGAGUUUGGGCAUACUCGUGCCAAAUGUAAGCGCCCGAAAAAACCACAAGUAUGUUACAUGUGUGGCGACAGCGGUCAUUUAGAGCCACGUUGUCCAAAUACGCUUUGUUUAAGGUGUGGAAAUAAAACUCAAGUGUUUACCAAAAGCUGCAAUGCUUGCACAUUCCAAAAUCGGCUUAUUUGUCCCAUUUGCAAAGUUCGUGGUCAUUCGAUUAAUCUCUGCCCUGACAAAUGGCGUCGUUACCAUUCCACGACCCAACCCAAUGAUCAGCCGAACAGUCAAGUUGAGUUCAAUAAGCGCAGAAUGUGUUGCGUCUGCGGAGGUAGGGGACAUUUCUCCGACACAUGUCGCAGUGCAGUUCGUUUUAUGGAAUAUCCAAUUAUUGUCAGCCACGUAAAAUCACAUCAAAAAUCAUAUAGUGACAUGCUGUUUAAAACUCCAUGCUCUGGAAUUGCACUCAAUCUUCUGUAUAGACCUGGAGAUGCAGUUGUUUUUCGUAUGGCUGCAAAUGGUACACGAAACGGUUAUUAUGAACGCUUCUUGAAAGCAGUUGGUUUGGGCGGUAUGUUAAAACGAAAACGACCGAGUAAUUGUUCGUCAGUAACGGGAAAUCUGCCUAAGAAAGCUAAGAAUCUCUCUGGUCAUUACAAACCGAAUCCGUACGGUAAAGUAGCAAGAGAAGGCGUCACAUCUACAGCUAAAUCCCUCAGGCAGAAUGUACCAACUGCAGAGGCUCCCAAUCAGGUGCCAGAAGUUAGCGGUAGUGUGACCACGACAGAAGUAGUUUCGAUAGCAGGCGCUGAGAACUUUUGUGCUGGUGAAAACUUAUUAAACGUUGUAAAUGAGUUUAAGACACCAAGUGAAAUACCAGGUACUAUUACUGCUUCGCAUAGGUCCCAAAGCAAAGACAACUUAACUGUGGAUUCAGACUCAAAUUAUAGUUUCUCGGAUCAUUUCGAGAUACCAGCACCGGCUGUUAGUACAAAGAAUGCAGCACUUAUAGAAGAGGAAGAAAUAAACGCUCAAGCAUCGACGUCCGCUGCCGCUGAAGGCAAACAAAGACACGUUCGUGAAAUGGAACCAUUGCCAGACUUUAUACCAAUAGGAGAUAACAGUGAUGUGAACAUGGUUGAAAUAGGCGAUACUUUUGACACAAGUACAGGCAUUUCACACCGUUUUAUUGCUGCGGAUACUGACGAUGAGAAUAUAGAUGAAAACAAAAAUGAGAAUGAUUCACCCUGUGAAGCUAAAGUUUACCUCACACCUUUUCAUAGCAAUUAUUUGUUAUCGCCAACCGGUCACGAUUUCUUGGUACAAAAAUCAAAAGAGUGUAAUAUCAAAGCAAGGCUGGAUUGGACAUCGGUCGGUCAUGUUUUGGUCAUAUUUGGACUUGCCUUUGAUCAGGACACAUUUCACAAAGCCCUACUCGAGCAAUGUCAGAAAUUUAUGGACCAAAUGAAUAAUAAACAAUUUAGUGGUAUCAGAGUGCCCAAACGCAUAGACGCCUUAAUACGUUUCCUACGUGAAAAUAUCUCGCAGUUGCAAAGCGACUUAGGUGAUGUGAAUGACUUACAAAAACGCAUUAAGAAUCUAGAGAAGACGCAUACAAAAGCAAAUAUGAAAUUGGCAGAAAAAUGUCGUCGCUUGCUCAAUAUGAUUUUAUUGGGCCAAGCUGGCCUCGGUGACGGCGGCAAGCAUUUAGACAAACUCUUAAUUAAUUUGAAAUCGCUGAUCAAUGAUUAUCAAGCUGAAAAUAUGGUACCACAAACGUUACGUGAAGAAAUCGAUUCACACUGCAAAGUGCUCUUUACUUCGUAUCGGCAUGAUAAUUAUCCGGAACUCAUACAAACCUACAACAAGAUGCCGAAAAAUCAAAAAAUUAAUGUAAAUAUAGAUCCGCGGCUAUUGGGUCAUAAGAUGCUAGAUGUUAGCCUAACACCUGAGCAAAAAUCACGUCUGGAACAUUCACCAGCGUCAGGGUCCUCAGCACAACCGGGCAAUCAAACAUUAACUCGCAGGAAAUCUACUGAAAACACCGUAUCUAAUACACCAUACACCGCAAAAUCAAGAUUCCCUACGAAACAAAAGGAUUUAACGCAACCAUCAAUGGCACAAGCUACAAUAACCAAUGCAUCUGUGGUAGUAGCGAAGGCCAAAAAUAGACCACAAAACACUACCAUAGUUGAGACUACGGCAGAAGCGGGCAAUACAAAAGCGAAAUCGAAUAUGAAUAUGAAUACACCAGUUAAGGGGCAAAAUUUUGCACCGCCACCAUUCGUAAACCCCCAACAAAAAUCUACAGUUAUAACAAAUAUUAAAGAAGCUAUACAGAAUCGGCCGCCUGCAUUUAAUGAUUUACUUCAUGGCAAUUGUAACGCUUCAGCUGGUGGGUAUGGGAAAGUUCCUUCAGAGGGUCCUUCGGUAUUUUGGUCUCGCGAAUCAUCGCGUUACUUAAGUGAAUGCAUUCGCAUGGCUGAAUCAAAUACGGAGUUGUUGCAAAAGUUGCAGCGCAUACAGGCAAAGUCGUUGGAAGGGUCGCUUUCAUAUAAUGAUUAUCGCGCUGUGAUUAAACUACACGGCGCCAUGGUGGGAAAUUAAAUUUAAGAAAUGGACAAUGAUAAACUAAUAUGACGGAAUGGAUGAUUGAUGGCUUUGCUGUAAAAUCUCCGAGCAAAUAUAUUAAACUAAUUUUUUAGUUGUACAAAACAAUAUUUGUACCAAAGCUUGGAAGGUUUAAGCUUCAGUGACACUCCUUCUUUCAAAGGAAGAACAACUUUACAGACAUAAAACAAACCGAAAAAAAAAAUUAAAUAAAACUGAACAUAAAUAAUCUAAAAAAUCGCUUUUUUUCUUCCCGGCGUCAUUACCAUAACACAAAAAAAAUUGUUCAGUUGCAAUAAAAUUCUAUUUAUUUUCCCCAUUUCUAUUACAUAGGCAAAUAAUAGAGCUACAAAUAAAUAAUAAUUUAAUAACAGUUGGUUACAUCAAACCUAA